GGGAGGAGUCCGGCGUACUUGGUUUGUUGAUGUGGGCUACAGCGGCAAGCUCGUCAUCAUGAGGGCCCUUGAAACACUGAUUUGGGCCGUUUUUCUUAUCCAGAAGGUGGUGGGGGAGUACGGCAUGGCCCAUUUCAGUGACAAGGGCAAGAGCAAAGGAAAAGAUUACUGCAUAUUCUUCAACUCACAGUGGGCACGUCUACCUCAGGACCUCAAUAAGGCAUCCCAUCUCCAGAUUUAUGACCUGACGACGUCCGUGCUGUGUUCACCCUUGGAGAUCCCAGAGGGAGGCUUCCCCAAUCGCAUCCUCAUGGUGUUGAGGGGCAACUGCACUUUCUACGAAAAGGUCCGAUUGGCCCAAAUUAAUGGUGCCAAAGGUCUUCUCAUUGUCAGCAAGGACAGACUGACGCCACCAGCUGGAAACAAGACUCAGUAUGAGGAGAUUGACAUUCCUGUAGCACUCAUCAGUUUUUCUGACAUGUUGGACAUAAGUAAGAACUUUGGUAAAGGACGACAGGUCGCCAUGUAUGCACCUAAUGAGCCGGUGUUGGACUACAACAUGGUGAUCAUAUUUUUGAUGGCAGUAGGAACUGUUGCUAUUGGAGGUUACUGGGCCGGGAGCAGGGACAGCAAGAAACGCUACAUGAAGCACAAAAGGGAUGACGGUGCGGAGAAGCAGGACGAGGAGACGGUCGACGUCACCCCGAUCAUGAUCUGCGUGUUUGUGGUCAUGUGCUGCAGCAUGCUGGUGCUGCUCUACUACUUCUAUGACCGUCUGGCCAUUUGGGUGAUUGCCAUCUUCUGCGUGGCGUCCUCUGUCGGCCUCUACAGCUGUCUGUGGCCUUUCAUCAGGAGACUCCCUUUCUGCAAGUGCAGGAUUCCAGAGAAUAACCUUCCAUACUUACACAAGCGGCCACAAAUCCGCAUGUUGCUGCUGUCGGCCGUGUGUAUCGGGGUCAGCAUCACGUGGAUGGUGUUUCGCAACGAAGACCAAUGGGCGUGGGUCUUGCAGGACACCCUGGGGAUUGCUUUCUGUCUCUACAUGCUCAAAACUGUCAGACUUCCCACAUUUAAGGCUUGCACUUUACUGCUGGCAGUGCUUUUUAUCUACGAUGUUUUCUUUGUAUUUAUUACUCCCUUCUUUACAAAGAAUGGUGAAAGUAUCAUGGUGGAGGUAGCAGCUGGUCCCUCGGACUCCUCCACACAUGAAAAGCUCCCCAUGGUGCUGAAGGUGCCGCGGCUAAACUCCUCUCCUCUCGCUCUUUGUGACCGGCCCUUCUCCCUACUGGGGUUUGGUGACAUUUUAGUACCAGGCCUGCUGGUGGCGUACUGUCACAGAUUUGACAUUUUAACACAGUCCUCCAGGAUCUACUUCAUGGCGUGUACGAUUGCGUACGGUGUCGGCCUGCUGAUCACCUUUGUGGCGCUGGCGGUGAUGCAGAUGGGCCAGCCGGCUCUCCUCUACCUGGUGCCUUGCACUCUGCUCACCAGCCUCACUGUGGCACUGUGGCGCAGGGAGUUGCCCCAGUUCUGGACUGGAAGCGGAUUUGUGCCUCCCGUAGUGCAUGCACCAAUCACAUGCACACAGACUGUGGCCCCGCCCACGGACCGACCCCCAGCUAAACCACAACUUCAGUCCACAGAUGGCACCAGCAAAAAAGAAGACUCGCCUCAGGAACCGCCUCCCACCGAGAAGGAAGGAAACACGUCAGACUGAAUGGAUGAUUAGUGCAGUUUUUUUAUUUUUAUUUUUUUUAUUUUAUGUGUUGAUUUGUCUUAGUCAGUGGACAGUUUAAUUAUAGAUGUUUAUGUGCACGGUGUGCAACAGGAAGAGCAGAGAACACUUCUGAAUGAAACCCAGUGCUGUUACUUUACAGUUUGUGCUACAUAAAAGGGAAUGAACAGUGUAAAAUGAUGCACUACAGUCCGCCGCUAGUCUCAAACUCGCUAGUUUUAGCAGUCUGUCCAUUAGAAGGGAAUUCCAUGUUUUCAUUUUUUUUUGUUGUUGUUUUCCAACUUGGGCUUUGUUUAAAGAUGCUUGACUUUUUUUUUCACUCGAGACAAAAACGAUAACUGGUCCAGUAUAGCUGUAGUUAGCUAAUACAGUAUGAACUGAUGAGACAAGCUAAAAACUUGAUAGCGAACCACUUAUUGCCAGUAAGUAGUAAAAAUGUCAGACAUUUCUGGUAGUUCUUUCCUGUUGUAAGCAGAACAAGCACCUCAUUGACAAUCAUGUUGUAGGACUUAGCGGAAAACAGCACUGCCAAACAGGAAGAAGGCUAAGGUAAGUUAUUGCCUAUAUAAUAAUUACUUGUUUUUGAAAGUUUCUCUACAAUUAUUGAUGUAAACUUGCACAUAUGUACCUCCGGAUGAUUCCUAUCCAUGCUACCAGAUAAAUGUAAUGACUUUUGCCUAGUUCUGGUGAUAGGCAGGGGUCAGCGUUGAGCAUUUUAAUUCACCCUAUAGGCAUCCUGUGAGGCAAACUAACUACAUCAGUGAUAUUGUGUGUGUGUAUAUAUAUAUAUAUAUAUAUAUAUAUAUAUAUAUAUACAUACACACACACACAGAGCUCUUAAGUUGUGUCGCAGGGUUGCCCUGCGACGUGAGUAAAUUAAGAACCCCCACGAAUGUUUCAAGACAUUUUGGAAACUCCCUUGCGAAUGCCAUUCACAUUCUUAUUGCCAACAGUCUCAGCCCAGUGAGAUACUCACCUUGGCAUUUUAAAAAAUAACGCAAUGCUAAAAUACCCUAGGCCAUAUGAACAUGAGUAGGAAACAGAAUGUAAUCUUCUGACCUCUUAAAAUAGGUCAAGGUUAGCUGUCUUUGAACUUGUCCAAGGUCUGUGUCCCAAGAAUGGUCCGUCUGCCUUUUGAAGACCCUGGCAGUAAUAGGACUGGACUUAUGCUGAGCACAGGCAGACAGACGGACGCAAAACCUGAUAACGCAAUGCCAAAAUGUGGCCUCAGGUAAUCAGUGCUGGACCAAUUAUCAUUUUUAUUCCUGGGCCUAGAUUGAAAAUCCCGGCAUUCCUCUUUAACCUUAUUUAUACUGAGAACAUUUCAAUAUACGUAAAUUGAGUUAAAUAAGGAACCACAGCAGUGACAGCUGAAGGUUUUUCUACUCAUUAAAAAUGUGGUGCUACUACUCAUAGAUGUUGACUGAGCCAAAGGUAUUCAUUUUUUGCAGUUUUGUUUUCUCUUAUUACCUUUUGGUAUAUUUUAUUUUGCAUGCUAUGGUUUUGAUUUUACUCGUAUAAACGCAGUUAUAUGCUGUAGUGCAGACUUUAUGCACCGUGUUGGUGGAGUAACGUUUAAAAUGAUUGGUUGUUGGUUUUGGCCUUACUGUGUCUGUGGUGGAAGGGUUGUGCAGAACUAAAAAAAAUGCACAAGCGUUGUACUGAAAAUAAGGUGCUGCAGCUAAAACGUAGGGGCUGAGGAACAAGUAAUGGCUAAGAUGCCACAUCACCAACGUGAAUCGGCACGUGUGUAAUGGUUAGUGUCGGUUAAUGAAAGGAGCUUUUCUCCCAGUUAAAGGAUGUACUGUUACAGCGUUGUGUUUCUCCACACAGAGACAUCAGUCUCUCUCACUCACACACAGUUUUUAAUGCCUUGGAAUCAAGAAAACAUGGGAUCAGUGCAUCCUCAGUUCAAGGAUUUCGUUCGUCUGGGAAGCAUUUGCACAUUAAAAAAAGCCAAGUUAAUUAGACUGAGUUGAAUUUGUUGGUUUGUGCCCGUUGUACGCUAGCGAGAAUUAAAGAAAACCUAUUGUAACACUACACACAGUAUUCAGUUUUGCGUGUCCAUUUCUAAACAAAGGCAGCCGGUUGCAUAUGCAUCACUAUAAAUCUGUUGGCCAUACACUUAAAUCCGGCAGUUAUGUAAAAUGUGUUGAAGGUGCAAGGCCUUAAUGUAUGCUCUUGCUGAAUUGGUAAAAGGGUUUAUCAUGAAGUUAUUCCUCAGUAUAGUUUGUCAUAAAGUGGGUUUGAAAUACCUCUUAAGAAUGACGCAUAAUAAAAAGAUGUUAUUU